AUGUUUACAUCUUUAAAGACGUCAGCCCCCUGGAAGACCAAGCUGAUGUGCGUGCUGAAGAAGGGGGUCCUGAGGAUCACCGUGCAGGGCUUCAGGACUCAGCUGUGGCUGGGGGAGGUCUCUGGACACCCCAUGGAGCACAUGCCGCUCCUCAUCUCCGAGGUUCUGGUGUCAGUGUUAUCUAACUCUCUGAACCACGGCGGUUGGCCUCGGGUGGUGUCUGAGGACAUACACAGACACCUGGAGCAGCUGAGGAGCAAGGUGGUCACUCUGAGAGGCAGGGCAGAGGGACGCACCCUGCUGCCCCUACCACUGUGUGUGGAGAGAUCUCAGCCACAGGACAUAUUGCUCAGCUCUAAUGGCUGGCCGAUAGACCGGGCUCUGCUGUAUUCCAUAGAGACCCUGGUAAUCCAGUGGUCCGGUCAGGUCUGGACUGUCCUGAAGAGGGAUUCCAGCAUGGUGCUCCAGCAGGGGGACCACCCGGGCCCCAGUGCGGAGCUCCACUUCUGGGCCUGUCAGAGAGGCAACCUGCUAGGCAUCCAUUCACAGAUCAUGAACCCUAAGGUGGAGCAGAUCAUGGAGAUUCUGAGGAGGAUCAAGAGCAGUUACUACGCCUCCUUCCACGACAUCUGCCUCAAAGUCAACCAGGCGGUUUCAGAGGCUGAGGAUAUAGACCUCUACCUGAGGCCACUGAGGAGACUGAUCAGUUGUCUGGAGGAGGGGAGUUUCAACAAGCUAGAGAUGCUGUUACCUCCUCUCUUCCACACGCUGUGUCUCAUCUGGAGUCGCUCCCAAUACUACUGCCGCCCUCCACGCAUGGUGCUCCUACUGCAGGAGUUCUGCAAUUUACUCAUCGAGAAGGCGUUUGCGUAUCUGAUCCCAGAGGAGCUGUUUAAGAUGGAACUGGAAGAAGGAGUGGAGAGGGUGCAGGUGACCAUCGGUGUCCUACGGAGCUUCAAGCGCCUGUUCCACACACACCGCCAGCGCAUCCCUCAGUACUACCGCAGCGGGGAGACUGUCAGACAAUGGGACUUCCCUUCCACACUGGUCUUCCACAGGGCUGACCACAUACUGGACCGGCUGCUCAUGAUCGAGGAGCUGUUUGCGUCUGCACUGGUCUUCCUGAAGCUGGAGAAGGUUGAGCUGGGAGGGUCGAGGGGGAAGAUCCUCAGUGAGAUGGUGUUCAGUAUGAACGAGGAGUUCCACGACAGCUGGAGAACUCUGAGGGAGAGCAAACACGACCCACUGGACUACACUAAAAAGGUGAAGCUGGACUUCCUAGUGGACUACAGGCGUUUCAUGGAGCAGAACAGAGACUUUGACCAGAGGCUGGGGACCGUUCUCAACCUGGCCUUCCAACACUCUAAAGGCCUGGAGUCUGCAUUCAAGCUCCUCCAGAUCUUUGGCACCCUCUUAGAGAGACCCAGGAUCAACCAGCUGUUCUCCCCAAACUACAGCACCCUGCUGGGCAUGUUCAACACUGAGAUAGACCACUGCCAGAUCAUACUGGACCAGCAGAGAGAGCGGUUGCGGUCGGGCUGUGUGGUCCUGAGUAAGAACAUGCCACCGGUCGCUGGCAACCUGAAGUGGUCGCAGGAGCUACGAGACCGCAUCCUGACUAACCGCAGCAACCUCAACCAUCUCAUACGCAUGCCACUGGGUUCUGCUGAGGCGGAGCAGGUUCUCCAGAAGUGUGAGAGGGUUCUAGAGGUUCUAGACCAGCACGAUGAGGAGCUGUUCUCCGUGUGGACGGAGGGGUUGGAGGAACUGUGCAACACACACCUCCAGGAACCACUACUCACCUUGGAUCAAGAGACAGGGCUGUUCCAGGUCAACUUCAGCCCUGCACUGACCUCAGUGCUGAGGGAGGUGAAGUAUCUGAGCAUGUUGAAGAACCACAGCAUCCCUAAAGCUGCUCUACACCUCUACUCCAAACGAGAGACACUCUAUAUGUACACCCAGACCUUGGCCCUGAUAACCCAGUGGUACAAUCGGCUGCACAGCACCAUCCUGGCUGUGGAGCUGGGAUUGGUUAAGGAGGAGAUGGGCGGGACAAGACGGCAGCUGAAGCCCGCUCUCCAAGAACUGACCUGGAGUAGGGAUGACCUGUUGGACUACGUCCAGGCCACACGAGACCUGGUGCAGGACGUGUCCAGUAGAGUCCAGUCCAGCAAGGCUAAUGUUGAGGCCAUUCAGGCUCUGAUGGGGAAGUUCAGUCACCAGGCCUUCAUCACCAGGAAGACCAGGGGUUCUACCCUCCUCAUCCUCACUGACAUGGAGGAGAGCAUCAGCAAACAGUACACACUCAUCACCAACACAGGGGAGCAGAUACACACACUGCUAAAGGAGAACCUUGCUCUGUUAGGAGUGUCAGCCCCAGACUGUGCCGAGUGGAGGUCCUACACUGACUAUGUUGACCGCAUGGUUUUAGCAGGGUUCUCCAGUGCGGUACGCUGUUCCCUACAAUACCUGAUCGAGAACACUGACCCCGCCCUUCGCAUCGCACCGCUCUUCGAGGUCCAGCUGGUCCUCGACGCCAACGAGAUGACCUUUGAACCCUCGCUGGACAUCAGUCACCAGGGAAACUUCUAUGACAUCAUCGACAAGAUGGUGGGCGAUAUCACUAAGAUGGCAUCGUUCAUACCUCGCGUGGCCAAGCAUAAACAGAUGGACAACUAUCAGUCUGACAUAGACAGGAUGGCCGACCUUUCAGAGCUGGGCCAGGUCAUCAGAGGCCGUGCCCGAUCGACCAUUUCUAAGGUCAGAGAGUACCAGGUGUCAUUUUCCAGCUACCGCUACCUUUGGACAGAUGACAGGUCAGAGUUCAUGAGACAGUUCCUGCUGUAUGGUCAUGUCCUGAGCACAGAGGAGGCUGAGCUCUACGCAGACUAUGAACUGGCCAAGAACCCACCCACACUGGACAACUUUAAAGAACAGAUCAGCCUGUUUGAGUCUCUAUACGUGCGGGUCAGUAAGCUGGAAGACAGGAGAGUGUUCUGUGGCUGGCUGCAGCUGGACAUCAAGCCCUUCAAACUGGCCCUGAUGAACAUCAUCAAGAGGUGGAGCUGGAUGUUCAAAGAGCACCUACUCAACCAUGUCAAUCAGAGUGUGAGCGACCUGACGUUGUUUGUCCAGAACACAUCUUGUGGUCUGUCUAAUAAGGUCUCAGACGGGGACUACGCUGGUCUGGUGGACAUUAUGGGUCAUCUGAUGGCCAUACGGGACAGACAGAUCAGUGCUGAUCAACACUUCAAACCACUCAAGUCCACCACUGAUCUACUCAAGACCUAUGGACAGCAGCUACCUGGAAGUGUCUAUACACAGCUGGAGGAGCUGCCUGAGAAGUGGAAGAGUCUGAAAAAGGUCGCAUUUACAGUGAAACACGAGGUGGCCCCACUGCAGUCCAACGAGGUCUCCGUCAUACGUAGGAAGUGUGUCCGCUUUGAGAUCAAGCAGCAUGAGUUCAGGGAGCAGUUUCGCUCGGAGGUCAUCUUCAGAAUAGACGUGGAGGAGCCUUAUAAGCUGAUUGACAAGUCUAACCGCGUUGUAGCAGUGUUGGAGGCAGAGAUGUGUAAGCUCCAGGACACAGCUGAUCUGUUCGAGGUCAGUUUCCCUGACUACAAGCAGCUCCGCCAGUGUCGCUCUGACAUCAUCCUGGUCAAAGCCGUCUGGGACAUGGUCAUCUUCGUCAAGACCAGUAUAGAGGACUGGACUAAGACCCCGUGGAAAGAGAUUAACGUGGAGCAGAUGGACAUGGAGCUGAGGAGAUUUGCUAAGGAGAUGAAGACCCUGGAUAAGGAGGUGCAUGUGUGGGAUGUGUAUCUGGGUCUGGAGUCGACGGUGAAGAACCUGCUGACGUCUCUUAGAGCAGUCAAUGAGCUGCAGAACCCUGCCGUCAGAGAGAGACACUGGCAACAACUCAUGAACACCACAGGGGUGCGGUUUGUGAUGUGGGAGGGGACCACUCUGGGAGACCUACUGGAGCUGCAGCUCCACAGAGUGGAGGACGAGGUCAAAAACAUAGUGGACAAGGCAGUCAAAGAGAUGGCCAUAGAGAAGGUGCUAGCUGAGAUUACUCAGACGUGGAGUGUGAUGGCGUUGUCUUAUGAGAAGCACCCCAGUAUAGAGACUCCACUGCUCAAGUCGGACGAAAACCUGAUUGAGACCCUGGAAGACAACCAGGUGCAGCUGCAAAACAUCCUGAUGAGUAAGUAUGUGGAGUACUUCCAGGCGGAGGUGAGUGGCUGGCAGAGGAGGCUAAUGGUGGCAGACCUGGUCAUCUCCGCCUGGAUGUCGGUCCAGAGGACCUGGGCCCACCUCAACAGCAUCUUCACCAAUAGCCACGACAUACGCUCUCAACUAGCCCGCGAUGCAGAGCGCUUCCAGGGCAUACACUCCGACUUCCAGAACAUGAUGACAGAGGUUGUCCAGACCCGUAACGUGGUGGAGGUCACCAACCAACCUGGCUUCCUGGAGAAACUAGAAGCUCUGCAGCAAAGGCUGUCAGUGUGUGAGAAGGCCCUGGCUGAGUAUCUGGAAACCAAAAGACUGACGUUCCCUCGGUUCUACUUUGUCUCUGCUACAGACCUAUUGGAGAUCGUCUCCAAGGGAACACAGCCCAAACAGGUUACCAGGCACCUGUUGAAGCUGUUUGAUAACGUGGCGGAUCUUCGCUUCCAAGACUCAGAGAAAGAGGGAGAGGAGGGAGAAAAGAAACGGGGAGAGGAGGAUGAGGGGGAGGCAGUUGCCAUAGGAAUGUACAGUAGAGAAGGGGAGUACGUACCCUUCUCCGAACCCUGCAUCUGCCAAGGACAGGCAGAGUGCUGGCUGAGUGAACUUGAGCGGACUAUGCGCUCUACUGUCCAGAGGGAGAUCCAAGAAGCUGUUGCUGCUUAUGAGGACAAACCCAGAGACCAGUGGCUGUUUGACUAUCCAGCACAGGUUGGUCUGACUGGCAGCCAGGUGUGGUGGGCAACAGACGUGGGUAUCGCCUUUGAGAGGGUGGAGGAGGGCUUUGAGACUGCCCUGAAGGACUACAACAGAAAGCAGAUCACCCAGCUGAACUCCCUGAUCCACAUGCUCCUGGGAGACCUGACUCCAGGUGACAGACAGAAGAUCAUGACAUUGUGCACCAUCGACGUGCACGCUCGCGACGUGGUCGCCAAACUCAUAGCACAGAAGGUGACAACGGGACAGGCGUUUGCAUGGCUGUCCCAGCUGCGCCAUCGUUGGGAUGACGUGACGAGACACUGUUACAUCAACAUCUGUGAUGCUCAGUUCCAGUUCUCAUAUGAGUACCUGGGCAAUACCAACAGACUGGUCAUCACUCCACUCACUGACAGGUGUUACAUCACUCUGACCCAGUCUCUCCACCUGACGAUGAGUGGCGCCCCCUCUGGUCCAGCAGGCACUGGGAAGACUGAAACCACCAAGGACCUGGGCCGCUCCUUAGGCAUCAUGGUCUAUGUAUUCAACUGCUCCGAACAGAUGGACUACAAGUCCAUAGGGAACAUCUAUAAAGGCCUGGCCCAGACUGGUGUGUGGGGCUGUUUUGAUGAGUUCAACAGGAUCUCUGUGGAGGUGCUAUCUGUGGUGGCAGUACAGGUCAAAACCAUACAGGACGCCAUCAGGAACAAGAGACAGAGGUUCCAUUUCCUGGGUGAGGAGAUCGAGCUGAGGCCGACCGUAGGGAUUUUUAUCACUCUGAACCCAGGCUACGCUGGGAGAACUGAACUACCAGAGAACCUCAAGGCCUUGUUCAGGCCGUGUGCGAUGGUGAUUCCUGACUACGAGUUGAUCUGUGAGAUCAUGCUGGUUGCUGAGGGAUUCAUCGACGCUCGCCUGCUCGCACGCAAGUUCAUCAGCCUGUACACACUCUGCAAGGAGCUGCUCUCUAAGCAGGACCACUAUGACUGGGGCCUCAGGGCCAUCAAGUCAGUGCUGGUGGUGGCUGGAUCACUGAAGAGAGAAGACAGAAGCAGACCAGAAGAGCAGGUGUUCUGUGAGGUGGAGGUGAAGAAGCUGUGUCUGUCUCAGGCUAAUGCUGACCUGGCUGAGGCCGCAGACAAACUAGAAGCCAUUAGGAAGAAACUAGCUGAGUUGGACUGUAGUCUGGAUACCCUGACUGCUGCGUUUGAGAAGGCUACCUCUGAGAAGCUUCGCUGUCAGGACGAGGUCAACCAUACCAACAAAACCAUCGAACUGGCCAAUCGCCUCGUCAAAGGACUCGAGUCGGAGAAUGUGCGUUGGGCCCACUCUGUAGCCGGGUACCAUGAGCAGGAGGAGACUCUGUGUGGAGACCUUCUGCUGACUGCAGCCUUCAUCUCCUACGCCGGAUCCUUCUCUAAGAAGUACCGCAGAGAACUACUGGAGAACCUCUGGAUGCCCUUCCUACGUGGCCAGAAGAUACCCAUCCCCAUGACAGAGGGGUUAGAUCCAGUGUGUAUGCUGACGGAUGAUGCUACCGUGGCUCAGUGGAACAACGAGGGGUUGCCGGGAGACAAGAUGUCCACUCAGAACGCCACCAUCCUCACCAACUGUGAACGCUGGCCACUGCUUAUUGACCCCCAACUGCAGGGCAUCAAGUGGAUCAAGAUUCGUUAUGGCAACAGCCUCAAGGUGGUCAGCCUGGGAGAGAAAGGGUAUGUGGAUGUGAUAGAGCAGGCUGUUGUGACUGGAGACACUGUCCUCAUAGAGAAUCUGGAGGAGUCCAUCGACCCUGUCAUAGACCCUCUACUGGGACGACACACGAUCAAGAAGGGCAGUUGUAUAAAGGUGGGGGAUAAAGAGUGUUUCUUCCACCCAGCGUUCAGGCUGAUCCUCCACACUAAGCUGGCUAACCCCCACUAUAAGCCUGAGAUCCAGGCCCAGACCACCCUCAUCAACUUCACUGUUACAAGAGACGGCCUGGAGGACCAGCUGCUGGCUCAGGUGGUCAAUCUGGAGAGGCCCGACCUCGAGCACCUCAAGAGUGACCUGACCAAGCAGCAGAACCUGUUCAAGAUCGAGCUGAAGCUGUUGGAGGACGAGCUGCUGGGCCGUCUCUCUGCUGCUGAGAGCAACUUCCUAGGAGACAACGUCCUGGUGGAGAAACUGGAGACCACCAAACACACGGCCGCGGAGAUCGAGAUGAAGGUUCUGGAGGCGAAGGUGAACGAGGUGAAGAUCAACGAGGCCAGAGAACACUACCGCCCCGUAGCAGUCAGAUCCUCUCUGCUGUACUUCAUCAUGAACGACCUCAACAAGAUCAACCCCAUGUACCAGUUCAGCCUCAAGGCGUUUAACGUGGUGUUCCACAAGGCGGUGGAGCAGGCAGAGGUGUGUGAGGACGUGAGGAGCAGAGUCAACACUCUAAUAGACGGCAUCACCUACUCCACCUUCAACUACAUCAGCAGAGGCCUGUUUGAGAGAGACAAACUCACCUUCACCGCUCAACUCGCCUUCCAGUUGUUACUGAUGAGUAAGGAGAUAGACGUACGAGAACUAGACUUCCUGCUCCGCUUCAACAUCGACCACAGCUACAUCUGUCCUGUAGAUUUCCUCUCCAACCAGGCCUGGAGCGCCAUCAAGACAAUGAGUUUCACUGAUGAGUUUCGUGGUUUGGACCGGGACAUUGAGGGCUCCCCUAAACGCUGGAAAAAGGUGGUAGAGUCCGAGUGUCCGGAGAAAGAGAAGUUUCCUCAGGAGUGGAAAGCAAAAAGUUCCCUACAGAAACUCAUUAUGAUGAGAGCCCUGAGACCUGAUAGGAUGACUUACGCUGUCAGGAACUUUGUGGAGGAGAAGUUGGGGGUGAAGUAUACAGAGAGGAGGAAGACCGAGUUUGCUAAGUCCUUCAGAGAGAGUGGACCCGCCUCGCCUGUCUUCUUCAUCCUGUCUCCCGGAGUAGACCCUCUCAAAGACGUGGAGUCACUGGGCAGGAAGUUAGGAUUCACCAUAGACCUGGGGAAGCUCCACAAUGUGUCUUUGGGUCAGGGCCAGGAGGCUGUGGCUGAGGUUGCCAUGGAGAUGGCUGCUAAGGAGGGACACUGGGUCAUCCUACAGAAUAUCCAUCUGGUGGCUCGCUGGCUGGGGUCGUUGGAGAAGCUUCUGGAACGCUGCUGUGAGGGCAGUCACCAGGACUACAGAGUGUUUAUGAGUGCUGAGCCUGCCCCUACACCACAGGAGCACAUCAUCCCUCAGGGCAUCCUGGAGAAUGCCAUCAAGAUCACUAACGAGCCUCCCACUGGCAUGCAUGCCAACCUCCACGCUGCUCUGGACAACUUUGACCAGGAUAUAUUGGAUCAGUGCAGUAGAGAGCAGGAGUUUAAGACCAUCCUGUUCUCUCUGUGUUAUUUUCAUGCCUGUGUGGCUGAGAGGCGCAAGUUCGGUCCUCAGGGUUGGAACAGGAAAUACCCCUUUAACACUGGAGACCUCACCAUCUCUGUCAAUGUGCUCUACAACUACCUGGAGGCCAACUCACAGGUGCCGUGGGAGGACUUGCGCUAUUUGUUUGGAGAGAUCAUGUACGGAGGUCACAUCACAGACGACUGGGACAGAAGACUCUGUAGAACCUACCUGGAGGAAUACAUGCAGCCCAACCAGUCUGACAGGAAGUUGGCUCUGGCUCCGGGCUUUGUGGUUCCCUCGAACUUGGACUACCAGGGUUACCAUGGUUACAUAGAUGAGAUGCUGCCCCAUGAGAGCCCGGUGCAUUAUGGGCUACACCCCAACGCAGAGAUAGAGUUUCUGACGGUGACCUCUGAUAACCUCUUCCACACACUGCUGGAGCUGCAGUCACCUGACUCUGUGAUGGGAGAGGGUGCUUCACAGACCGUAGAGGAGAAGGUGAAGACCAUCCUAGACGAGGUGUUGGAGAAGCUUCCAGAAGAGUACAACAUGUCAGACAUCACGUCUAAGACAGCUGAGAGAUCACCAUACAUCCUGGUCUGCUUCCAGGAGUGUGAGCGUAUGAACACGCUCAUCUACGAGAUACGACGCUCACUGAAGGAGCUGGACCUGGGGCUGAAGGGUGAGCUGGCGAUCUCCUCAGAGAUGGAGCAGAUCCAGGCAGCUCUGUUCUUUGAUAACGUCCCAGACACCUGGACCAAACUGGCCUACCCCUCCACUUACAGCCUUGCCCAGUGGUAUAAUGACGUGUUGCUGCGCUGUAGAGAGCUGGACAGCUGGACACAGGACCUGGCUCUACCCACCGUCAUCUGGCUGUCUGGACUCUUUAACCCACAGUCCUUCUUAACAGCGGUGAUGCAGUCUCUGGCUCGUAAGAAUGAGUGGCCAUUAGAUAAGAUGAACCUGACUGUGGAUGUGACUAAGAAAUUUAAGGAAGAGUUCAACCAGCCAGCCAGAGAGGGAGUAUACGUAUACGGACUGUACAUGGAAGGUGCAAGAUGGGACACUCAGGGUGGGGUGAUCGCGGAGGCUCGUCUGAAGGAGUUAACCCCCUCCAUGCCAGUCAUCUCAGUCCGAGCUGUACCGAACGACAGACAGGAGACGCGUAACAUCUACGAGUGUCCCCUGUACAAGACCAAGCUGAGAGGAACCACUUAUGUCUGGACCUUCAGCCUCAAGACCAGAGAGAGACCAGCCAAGUGGGUACUGGCUGGGGUGGCCCUGCUGCUCAGUGUGUAGAGGUAAGGGUUAGGGGGGAGACCAGACAAGUGGGUACUGGCUGGGAAGAAGCAAGGUCGUUUUUCCAUUCGCUAUUUGUAGGGUGUGUAUUUUCUGCAUUAUGUUGCUAAGUGUGAGAGAAGGUAUUUUAUGUAAAAUACAUGUAUGUGUUACUACAUAAUCCCUCAAAACAGGUUUGAUGUUGCUAUUGAAUUAUAAAAUACAUUUGUGUAGUACUGUUUUAGCACCUGAAAUCUAUGUGAAAAUGUAUAAAGCAUUUGGACAUUUUAUUCAUAUGACUUAGUAAGAAUAGAAAUAAAAAUGAAAAUCUGUACUUUUUCUGAAUUUAUUGAAAAACAAUACAGUACAAGCUGCAAAAUAGUUUCACACAUUUGAUCACAGUAAGAAACCCAUUAAUUCAAAGCUUAGUAUUUUGAACAAAUCAACUGUAUCGUCUAACAAGUGUACAAGUCGAAAAGCAGAAAACAUUGGAUGGUACCCUUUACCUAGGCCUAGCCUCAACUAAUGAGUGGUGUUCAAGUGCUCUAUGGUCUAUGUAACACUUGUUAAUAUGGCACAUCAUUUACAUGUCACUUUAAAAGCUUCAAUGGGCACGAUUUCCAAAAAAAGGCAGCUUCAGGCUAAGUUCAUCAUUACAAGCAUAGGAUCCCAUAGUUGUAACGAUGAACUGGGUUAAACGAUGAGCUUAUUACGAUGCUUUUGGGAAACCGGGCCCAGAACAACAUGACAGUUAGCAGCGGGAAAUCCACACUGCUCAUAAUUCUUCACUAUUAUGCCCCACAGUCCUCACACACAGGGGCGUGUAUACAUUUGGCUUCAAUUUAAAAAAUAAAAUUGUGUUUGUGUGUUCCCCUAGUCACUGUCAUCGUCAGACCAGCCCAGGUCCAUCAUGUUCAUGUCCAGCGUCGCGGCGGCCAUAUUGAUUUUGGUUCCAUGUCGCACGCUACAGGUCUUAGAAGAGUUCUGAUUGGAUGUG